AAGCAAAACCGCCAUUUUUAAGCCACUGUAUGAAAUUUUCACCUGGUCUUCCAGGUGUGGUUUGUAAUGUAAACAAUACGAUAUUAUUGCAUGUCAUUCCGCAAGGAAAGCUGCAUAAGUCCUAAAAGUUUAGAACAUAAAAAGAUAAAUUAAUUGCAUUUCACAUGCAGCCUGGAUGCUUCGAGUGUUUUAACACGCUGUGCAUGGGGCUGAGGAAGUCAAAGCCUCGUCGUUUCCAAGGAUAUGACGGUGUGUCAUCGAGUGGAGUGGAAAGCAAGACAGUUCAGUCAGUAGUGGAGCAUGGCUCAAUUCACGGGGAUGCUGUCACUUGUAUCGAUGCAUACGCUCCAGGAACCUCUCUGACCGGGGGUAAAGACAACGUGAGUACAUUUGUGACAUUUUCCGGAGUUCAAAACAUUAAUUAAUUAGGUCAAGCUCAACAAUCACUGCAGACUACCUAACAUGCAAUAACUCGUUGGACAAACACCACGUGUACUCUGUCCCAUUGCUAUGGCAAACGCGUCUUUCACUCUUAUUAACUACCUGUAAUCUGAAACCUUCCUAACAUGUACUACCAAUUUACAGCCUUCUUACUUAUGGACAAAACGUUUUUAAAGGGAAGUGAACCUCAAAAACUUCCAGGAUUCUCAUCAGAGGGCAGGGUACAGGCAUCUAUACAGCCUCCUAAGCAAUAAUCUUUACAAUUGAACUAAAACUCUGUGUGUCCAUUAUUCAUUGAACAGUCAGUUGUUUUAUUUAACUGGAAACAAGGUGUUACUCUUCGUCAAUGGACUGGUCACUCAAGAGACGUCACUAAAGUAAGUAUUUAUGCUGUUUUUUCAUUGUCAUGCAUGAUAUUGACUCUCCUGUUUCAAACUCAUUUUCUGGUAUCCUUUUGGCAAAGUAUGGUGGAAGAAGCAUGUACAGGUUUUUUCCUUUCUUAUCAUACAUACAUUUCACACAACAGAAUCACCUUUCCACAUACAAGAUCUCAUCAACUUCCCCCAUACUCUGCAGACAACAUAGCUGUCAAGCGUAGGGUUAAUGCCCAAGGAGAUCCGUUUUGGACAACUGUGCCAAUUUCCCCCUACAAAAUAUCUAAGGAAAACAUAACAAACAUCCUGUUUAUUUACCAUCCUGUUUUGACCUUUUCCCAAAGUUAUACUCUUCCAAAAUUCUGUGACCUACUGGCUGGCAUGGUUAGUUGUAAUAUUUGUGAGACAACUUGGUUUAGACAGCUGAAAAACACGCCACCUAGUCAUUACAGAGUUUGCACAUGGAUAGACUUUUGACUGCUGUGUUUCUGCAAACUGCUAUGGUAUUAACAUAUAGAAAAACUUUGGAAAAGAGAAUUUGAUCCUGACAUUUAGACUUAAAGCCUUGAGUUUUGGCCUCUGGGUUUCUCAACAGGUAAAACAUGUAGGAGAAACUAUUUUCAGUUCCUCAAGAGACAAGACAAUUAAGGUUUGGCAGGCCAGUAAAGCAGGAAAUGAACCCAUUUCAACCUUUGAGGGUCACAGACUGGUGGUGACAGCUAUUGAUCUUAAUGAAGGUAAUACAGAAGAACACAAUUUUUGUUUAUUUGUUGAAAAAUAUUAUGAGUUAAACAAUUUGGUCAUCUAGUGCUCUUAAUUUUCUUUCACCUUCCAAGAGGGGUUGUCAUUUUUCAGAGUAAAAUAAGUGACACAAAAUAAAUUGAUUGAUAGCUGAAGUGAGUUUGACAUUUUAUCUAGCAGUAAUUCCAGUAAAGGUGGAAGUUGAACCAAAUGUUUCUCACAAAUACAAACCUAUGGAAGUAUUUUCACUCUCUUGUUGCUAAGCUGUAUUACUAAAAGAAUAGUGGGCAGCGAGUGAACUUGGACAGUUAGUUUACAAGGUUUUGCCAACUGCUGCUGUCAGUCAUUGGUCCUUGUACAUCAACUGAUUAACUUGACCCAGAACAACUUGUUCUUUCCUCAAAAGGGCUGUAAAUCUAAUUUGUAGUUACCUUAUUAUAAUAAAGUGCUGGUGACAAUGAGGUACAGGUAAUGCCUCUUCUUUUUUUGUACUGUUGUAGAUGGAACUUUGUUAUUUUCUGGAUCACGAGACAACUGUGUAAGACUGUGGGACACUACAAAGAACACAAGUAUCAGUGAAAAAGAAGUAUCCAGAAAUCUGGUAAGUUUUAAUGCUGAAUUUAUUGACAGUCUUGAUUAAGACUGCCUUUAGUCAGUCUGAUGGUCAUUUUGUGAUGGUCAUUUUUUGAUGUUGCUAUAUUUAGUUCUGAAAAAAGAGGUGCAGUACAACAUAGAAGUACACUUGCUGUAUAAUUGAUAAUUAACUGCUAAUGAAUGUAUAAAUUAAUACUCCCUACUCAUUUGUUUGUAGGUAAGUUGUGUGAAAUGGAUACCUGGAACACAGACUCGAGUUGCUCAAACUGGAGAAGACAAAAUGGUGAGGUAAAGAAUGGCAGAUGGUCUUUUUUAUCUUAUCUGAUGGUGAUAUCAUACACUGGUUGGUGGGAGCAACAUGUCAUGUGAAUAUCCUACCAUCCUUUUUGAGACAAACAGAACAAAUAAACUAUGAGAAAGCAAGCAGCUGUUAAGUAGGUAUCCAAAGAGAAGAUGUUGCAGCCAUUUUAUAUGUGUCUACUUUCAUCACUCUUCCUGUCCCUUGUCUCUCUUUUAUUUGCAUCUUUUUUCAAUUUCUGCACAUACUUUGUGUGCUACUAACUAAAUUCAGCUUACUGAAUUUUCUUAGUUGUAAGAAAGCCUUCCUUGGGGAAUAACCCGGCAACAUUAGACAUGUUUCAAUUUAUUGGUAUCUAGUGUCCCUGCAAGAGUUGUUUACUUUAAUUGUAAUAUGUUGGCACAACAAUCUUUUCUAUAUCAAUAUAUUAUGUAUUUUUUGCAUCAGAAUUUGGGAUACAAGAAACAUGCAACCUUCAUUCACAUUUCCUGCUCAGCAGUAUUUUCAGGUAUUCACUACUUUGGAAAAUAUAAUUUUGACAUGUUGUUUUUCACUCAAUAGCACCUGCUUUUGAUUUUGACUUGUGGUAUAAAACUAAAAAAUUUGUCAAAUGAAAAAAAUCUUUAUCCGUUAAGUAAAAUUUGGAUUAUUAAUGUCAAGUAAAAUACGUCUUUGUGCCUCCUCUGUCAUGUUAAUACCUUCAGAGAUUCCUCCAAGGCUAUAAGUGUCAGAUUGUAGUAAUUAAUUACCAGUAAAUCAUUUUUGUUUUGAAGACCUGCUGUGAUUGUUCAAGAAAUGGGCAGUUUAUUUUGACAUGUAGUAAUGGUUUCAAUGGAAAAGGCUGUGAAGCUACAGUGAGUUAUGUUUUUUAACAUACUUUUUUUUACUAAUUUCUCUUUUCUCCUUCUUCCCAUGUUUGAUGUUCUGAAAAUAUUCAUAUGGUGCUACAAACUGCAUUACAAGUUGAAAGUCGCUUUUGAUAUAUGAUUGGCUUAGUCAGAAAGCAAGAUGAAAUUAACCUUUGUUCUUAUUUGCCAAACAGGCAGAUAAAGGCCAAUGUUGCAUGCUUUGUUCCUACAAAACAACAGCAUUAAGUCUAACUCCUAAGAGUGACUAGCAUCAAAUUUCUCCAUAAAAUAUCACCUAUGAAUCAACAAUCAAGGUUACUAAAGUACCGUAAACAAGCUCUUGAUUGUUAGGUAAAUUCUCCUUGUCAGCACCUUAGGAAAUGUACAUAGAAUGGUGUGGAGAAUAUGCAUACUGGUGUUAGAGUGUAAAGGGUUGAAAUGCAAAAAAAACACACACAAAAAAAAACUAGGCCAUAUCUCAAUGUCUUGACAUCAAACCUUUGUUAAUAAUGCAUCUGUCGCACAGGAAGUCUCACCUUUGCAGGUUGUGCUCUGUAAUGUGAUGCCUGUUGUCAAAUAUCACAUGUUCACCAAAUGCAAUGGGCUUUUUCCUUUUUUAGACUGUAAAUUACAACCUACACUUCAAGUCUCCUUUUGCAGACACCUUUUGUUGAUUAAAACUCUUUGAAGCCAGCCCAGUGAAAUUAUGUUAAAAAUGAAAUUUGCUAACAAGUUUUUUUGAUCAACAGCUCUGGGAUGUGAGGGAACAGAAAAUGAUAUGUAGAUACAUUGGCCAUCAGCAGACUACAUCAGCAUGUGUUUUUCUUCCUCGUCUGGAACAUGUUUGGUCGAAAGAUCUGUAAGUAGUUAGACUCUUUGGUAGCAAUUAUUUAUGCUUGUCACACAAUGCAGUCUCUCUUCAGAAGAAGGAAAAAAUAGCAAAUUGUGUGCCUGGAUAUUUAAGUGACUUCAUGUCAUAUUUAAAAUAGAAUUAAACUUAAUGCUGAUUUUUUGUUGUUUAUUAGAAUUGCUACUGCCUCGCAUGAUUCCACUGUGAAAAUUUGGGAGAGAGACAGCACAGGUAAAACAAGAUGCCAAUGUAUUGUUAAGGGUAGCUUAUUGGAGAGAGUGACCCUUUUAAAAUUGUGGCUUGUAACCCUUCUUAUUUAUUAUAUGAAUCAACAUUACAAAUUUGGCAUUAACUUUUUUUUCUUAAUGUGGUUCCUCUCAGAUCUGCAAGGCAUUUAAACCCAACUAAAUAAAUUUAAAAAAUAAUUACUUUUACCAUAAAUUUAGGACUUUCACUAACUCACGAAGCUCUUUUGAGUAUGUGAAAUAUUGAAGGAAUAAUGGUUAGUGUUGAAAGGAAUUGUUUGUUUUAAAAAUUAACAGAAUGCCUCACAACUCUUGAUUUUUCUGGAGCUGGUCCCCUGACUGAUCUUUGUGUGUGGGAUGAUGGAAGGUGAGAAUUUCAUUGAUUAUUAGUUAUUUAUGAUAGAUUGAUCAAUUAUAUUUCUACAAAGUGUAAUCAAUUUUGCCAUCUUGACUACUUUAAGUUUUGAUCACAAACUAGUCAGAAUGGCCUCAGAAAAAAUUUUAAUAGGUGGGAUAGUGAACAGUUCUAAACAGUAUUUGUCCACUAUUUCACUAACACAAUCUAAACUCUCAGUUCUUAGCAAACUUAUCUUUCAAAUUACGGAUGAAAAAAUUUAUCUUAUAAUCUUAAAAACAUCAACUUAUGUAAAAUGUACACUGAACAAUCUCCCCCCCCCCUUAUAAACAGUAGUUAUUUGACACUCUAGUAAUCCUGUAUUACUUUAAAGGUAACGUAUGGUAAACAAGUGUUAAAACUGAUGUUCCUUGUGCUCUUGACUUACAGUUUAUGUGUUUCUACAACAAACAUGGGCGUGUACCUGUGCAUCAUGGCGUCCCAUGAGGGCAAACCUGAGCUCACCAAGAAAUGCCAGUUUUAGGCUUUUAAAGCCUGCACUAAUUAUUUUUUUCUUCUAGAGACAAAAAGAAGUAAAAUGAAAAUUUUUAAUUCAGAUCUCUGGUAUUUAUUUACUUUUGUAUUAUUUAUAAGUUGGGUUUUUCAACACUCUGUAAUUAGAAAUGCAAGUUGCUUCUGUAAGUAGAAUGUACUAGUUACAUUUCCUUUAGAAUUGAACCAUCUUGAUUGAUAGAUCCAAUAGUUGCAUAAAUUAGACAUCUUACAGAGGUGUGUAUGGUAGAACAAAAGCUUCUUUGAAUAUAAAUGGGCAUAAAGCAUUAAAAAUAACGCAUCUUAAAAGGCUGCAUGAGUGAUAAUUUGUCUUUGAUAGAUCUGAUAGUUGCAUAAAUUAGACAUGUUACAGAGGUGUGUUUGGCAGAACAAAAGCUUCUUUGAAUAUACAUGGGCAUAUAGCAUUAAAAAUAAUUCAUCUUAAAAGGCUGCAUGAAUGAUAAUUUGUCUUUGGCAUUGAUGUUGUCACAUUUGACAAGCCUUGUCAAUAACAAAACCUCAUUUUAAAAUACACAACAUGCCUUGAUCCCCAAGAAUCGAGUUAUGAAGUUUAC